AUGAAAGUGUUUACCUUGACUUUGGUGGCCGUGUUAUUGAUUGGAGCCUCGAGUGCGGCUAAAAUCAGACGUGGCGAAAAACGUGCUGCUGUAGAAGCAACUAAAGCCACUGAAACUGAAGAUGCUGCUAAAGCAGAAAUAACAGAAGCUGAUAGCGACAAAAAGGAGAAAGAAGUGCACAAGAGAGGCAUCUUUCAUUAUGGCGGUGCUUUAGCUUCUCAAGGCAGCUUGUGGCCCAAAACUUAUGCCUCUCAUUAUGGCUAUGGUUUACAUUUGCCUGCCGCCUCUGGCUUUUCGGUGGCUCCUGUGGCUGCCAGCCACUUGCAUGCUCCCUCUGUUUUGAAAUACAACAAUGGUUUCCACUAUAAAACCUUUGCUGUUUCUGGUUUAAGUGGUGUUUCUGCUUUAAGCGGCGUUUCUGGUUUAAGUGCUGCUUAUCCCACUUAUGCCAGCCUCAGUCCAGCUGUAUCGCAUGUUCAUCAAGCUGCCGCCGCCCAACCUUUCAUCAUCAGACCCGGUAAUGCCGUUGUACAGUCAUACAGUGUUACCUAUCCUCACCGUAAACCUGCUGUAGCUCUUAAACCUGUGCAUGCCUAUGCUUCGGUAGCCCCAGUACAACAUUUACAUCCAGUUCAAGCUGUACAACCUGUAGCUACUGUACAACCCGUUGCUCCUGUACAACCCGUCCAACAUUUGCAACCCGUACAGCCCGUUCAUCAUUUGCAGCCUGUUCAGCCCGUCCAACAUUUGCAACCCGUACAGCCCGUUCAUCAUUUGCAGCCAGUUCAGCCCGUCCAACAUUUGCAACCCGUACAGCCCGUUCAUCAUUUGCAGCCAGUUCAGCCCGUGCAACAUUUGCACCCGGUACAACCGGUUCAAUCUGUUGUUCAAGUACAACACUUUAAACCACCCGUACAUUACGAUGUCACUCAACAAUUUCCUUCAUUUUUCCAGACCUCCUUUGCACAAUCCGGCCCAGUUCCUGCCAUUCCCCAAGCCCCCACAUUUUCUUUUAGCCCAGCUCAACCCGCUUUCCCUGCUAUUCCUACUUUCCCUAAUCCUCCUGCAUACCCCACAAUUCCCUCAGUGCCUGCGGUACCCGCUCAGCCUUCAGUGCCCGCCGUACCUGCUGUAAAUCAUCCCAACAUUCCCACCAUUCCUUCCAUACCCAAUUUCCCCCAACCCCAGGUGCCUACCAAUGGUUUCUUCCCCGUUAGCGUACAGCCUCCAUUGCCCCAACAACCACCAGCCUUUGGCAGUGUUAAUCCCCAGGCUCAAUUCCCUGGUUUUGGUCCAAUUGCUGGCAGUAAUCCUGAUGUUGGCAGUGCCGAAGCUGCUCCCCAAAUUCCCGUCCAGCCUGUGCCCAGUCCCGAGCCAGAAUUGCCAGCUCCCCAGCCCCAACCCACACAACAGCCCUGGAAGCCAGUUCUGUAUCAACCUCCUACUGCUGAAACUAAUGUGAAUCGUCCUUCGCAUACUUUGUUGCCUCCCUAUGGUAACUCUCCAGCUGAAGGUUACCUGCCACCUGCUUCCUCUUCACACAACGGUAAACUGCAACAGGAAUACACCAUCGAUAGCAGUCUAUUCGAUAAUCUCUCAGAUGCUGACAUUCAACAGAUCUUUGCCCAGGCCAAUUUAGCUGCCCAGCGUGAUCAUCAUCAUCAUACAGUGCACAACUAUCACACUCGUUUCUAA